CAGAGGUGCACUUGAAGGCAGCUCCGCUGGCGGAACGUGAUCAUGGCGUUAGCAAUGUAGCAUCAGUCAGACUAAAUAUUAAGAAGAAAAACGCGUGUUUAUGGUUUUGCAGAAUGAUGGUGUUUAACAGUUCUGGAAUGUUUUGAUGUGCUAGCUGGCUAACAUUAGCAUCUGUGAGUUUAUACUGAAGUUCAUCUGGAGGUUCAUUAACAGAGUAACUUUUGUCUUCUGUUAUUGGCACCCAGUGGAGAUGGAGAAUUACAGAAAGGCCGGUGUGGUGGAGCAGCCGUGCCCUUGCCCGUUUGCCGAUCUGGCCGAGGGCACUCCUGUGGUCCGGGUCCGAGACGGCAGCAAAAUCCGCAACCUGAUGAAGUUCGUCCUGAGCCGCAUGGAACCCGGACCUGAGAAGACUUCAGAAGGGGGUGAAAAACGUGAGCGAGCGGCGGCCGCGAGCCCGGCGCGUCAGAUAGUGUUCACCGGCGUGGGGCCCAGUGUAUCCAAGGCCGUCACGUGUCUGGAAAUUCUGAAGCGGCGGGUGGCGGGUCUGCAUCAGUGCACGCGGCUGGUCUACAGCGCGCUGCAGGAGACCUGGGAGCCGCUGGAGCCGAGCGCCGGGCUCGACAGCAUCACGGUCAGCAGGAACGUCCCCGCUAUCUGGGUCCUGCUCUCCAGGGACACUUUGGACCGGAACGCGGCCGGGUACCAGGCGCCCGGGAGCUUCGACGCCCUGUGGGCGCAGGCGGCUAAAGAGGAGAGGGAGAACCAGAAGAGGAAGAGCGGAGGAAGAGGAGGAGGAGGAAGAGGAAAGGGACCUCGCAGACAGAUGCAGCGUCCCAGAGAUGAACGGAAAACACCAGGACAUCCGGGCGGGGCGCACUGAGACUGAGGGGGGUCAAUCAGUGUGACAUGGAUCUGCCAUUCAGGGAAAAUCGAGGACGACUAAAUUGGGAGAGAGUCAAACUUAAGACAUCAAGGAAUGUUUAAGGAUUAAAGAUUUAUCAUUAUUAAUUAUUAUUAUUAUUAUUUUCAGUUGUUCCUUGUGUCCAAAGCGCCUGUUUUGAAAAGUAUUUCUUUGUUUUCUUGAAUAAUUAACUAUAUUUACAAAUAAAAUGAUCUGUGCGGUCAUAUCCAA